UGGAUUUGUGAGUGGAUCUGUUUCGCUGCUGUUGUCUUGUGUUAAAUUAUAUAUUUUUAUAGAGAGAAUUCACGUUAAUCUGAUCUGAUCAAAUUUUGCGUCAUCAUUGUGUAUCGUCCUCUUAUUUAUAAUCAUGAGACCUAAAAAGCGUAUACAAGAAUCUUCUGAAGAAUCUGACCAUUCGGCAGAAAGCAUAGUUAGCAGUUCGUCAGAUAGCGAAAGCGAGGAAUCGUCAGCAUCGGAGCGCCGGUACAAAAAGAAAAGAAAACGACCUGAAUCUUCUGAAUCUGAAAGUGAAUCGGAUGACCAAAAACGUAAAAAACGCAAGCAUAAAAAGAAGAAAAAGAAGCAUGGGAAGAAGAAAAGGCGCAUUUCUGAUGAAGACAGUAAUUCCCAAAACGAUGCGUCUUCGAUAAGUGAGGGAGAAAUUUCCAAAAAAAAGCGUAAGCAUAAGCACAAACAUAGCAAACGAUCCCGUCAGUCUUCUGUUAGUGAAGAUGUAGAGGAACAUGGUGAUCGCCGCCUACACAGUGUUGUAAAGGAGCGUAGAGCGUCAUCGGAGGAAGUAAGCCACCCUGCACGCACAUAUUAUCAAAAAGAAUACCGGAACUCAGCCUCUGGUGAAGACUACGAUAGGGAGCGGGAGGUACAACGGUUCUAUAGGGGAUCUAGCAAGGACCGGAGGCAAUAUCAGGAACAGUAUCAGUAUGAUAGAGAUCGCAAUGACAGAUAUGCUUCAUAUAAUCAAGAUAAGUACUAUAGAAAUAAAGAAAGGUUCAACCAAAACAGUCAGUAUAGUGAGCCCAAUCAGGACUUUGGUCGAAGGCAGCAAGAUUAUGAUGAGUACAAAAGGCAUCCUAAGUUUGAACACCAGAGACCACAAGAAGAUUAUCGGCGAAAGCCAAGGGAAGACAACUAUUAUCACAAAGAAGAGACAAGAGGCUAUGGCAAUCGUUACAAUCAGUAUGAGGAUAAGGGUCCAAAACGAAGAGUGUAUGAGGAAAGCAGAUCGGAUUAUCGCGAAAGACGUCCCCCUGGAGAGGCUGAGCGUUACCGUGAGAAGGAAUAUCCUGAGAGAAGGGACAAGUAUCGCGACGAAGAAUACCCUGAGAGGCCGCGGGAUGACCGGCGCGACCGCUCGGCCAGGCCAGACAAACCAUUGGAUACGCGUGACAGAAGCUCCGAAGACCGCUAUCGUAACCGCCGAGACGAGCAUCCCCGCGACCGGGAGCCCCUUGCACGCGGCGGUGACCGCCUCAGCCGCCCCGGUGACCGCUCAGACCGUCCCGGUGACCGCCCCGACCGUUCCGGAGACCGCCCCGGUGACCGCCCCAACAACCGCUCCGACCGCCCUGAGAGUCGGCCCGACCGAUCUGACGCACGUCCUGAACGCUCGGACCGCCCGAAGGAGCGUAAAUCCAGAUUUGCUGAUGCUGACGAUAAGGAGUAUAGUUGGGGCAAGACGGAGGUAAAGAAGGAAGGCCAGACCGCUGACAAAGAGAAACCUAAUUUCGGUCUCUCCGGAAAGUUGACGGCAGACGCAAAUACUGUUAAUGGAGUGGUGAUCAAGUACAGUGAACCUGAUGACGCCAAGCAACCGAAAAGGAGAUGGAGGUUCUACCCAUUCAAAGGUGACAAGGCUCUCCCGAUCCUAUACAUCCACCGGCAGUCCGCGUUCUUGAUCGGCCGCGACAAGAAGGUGGCGGACAUCUCGCUGGAGCACCCGUCCAUCAGCAAGCAGCACGCGGCGCUGCAGUACCGCGCCACGCCCUUCACCAGGCCCGACGGCUCGCAGGGGCGACGCGUCAGGCCGUACAUUAUUGAUCUGGAUUCAGCAAAUGGCACAUUCGUGAACAACAAAAAGAUAGAGCCGCGUCGCUACGUGGAACUAUUGGAGCGCGAUGUCGUGAAGUUCGGUUUCUCUCAGCGGGAGUACGUGCUGUUGCACGAGAACAGCAAAGACGACGCCCAAGAUGACGACCAAGAGCCGGGCCUCGGCGCGCAGGUCACCACUACCGACCAAAUUAAGGCAGAGAAAAGAGUCAAACAAGAGAUUGUGGAAGACGGGGAGUGAUCGCGUUUUAUAGCUGUCGUUUGUUUUUUGGGUUUAGAUUUUAAUGCAUUAGGUGACACUGGAAUCAUAUCAAAUAGAGAUGGACAUUUAUUUAAGAAAGUUAACAAGGAAUACAAACAUUAUAUGUAUAGGACAUAUAAUGUUUGUGUUUCCUUCUCAUCACCUCUUAGGUAAACCAAAAGAUAGGGAAUAUAGGACAGCAUGUCAAGUGUCGCUUAUUGCGUUCAAAGUUAAAGACGCAAGUCGUCCCUUUAGCAUAUUACAACUCAUUAUCUUCAUUUUUCAUUUAUCUGUCUUAACUUAAACUUUAUUAUCUUUCCUUAACCACGCAGGUUGUAUUUCAUAUAUUGACGCUGCGUUGCAGUGAUAAUGUGUUGCGGAAUGAGACAGAUUCUGCAUGACAACAGUUAAAUGCAUUUAACCCAAUUGUUCUAAUGUUUAGCAAUCCAUUGAUAGAUUAUUUUGAUUAUUAAGCACGCACGAAACCUUUAUGGUUGUUGCAUUACUACCGUAUUACAGAUUAAAUUAUUUUUAACGAGUUUAUAGCGGCUAAGUGAGAUUUUCCUUUUUAGUUUUAAAAAUCGGUGUUUAUAAUUUUUAGUUUAAUGUAACGUUAGUCUAUAUAAAACUGUAAAUUUAUAGCAUAUGUUCCUACUUCUUCAUUUCACAAUCCGUAGGAAGAUUUAUGAAUAGAAUAAAAAUAUGUUAGGAUGCAGAUGAUACUUCUCAUUUAUGAUACUACUUGAUCUUGGGACAUAAAAUAUUACUUAUUAGUAUUUUUUAAUAAUAAAAACAAAAAUCUUAAA